AUGAGCAUGAUGCUGCCCCCCCCUCACACAUGUGGCAGUGCUGUGCUGUGUUUCCCGCCGCCGCACGUGGGCAGCACCCUCUUCAGUCACCGGAAGCGGAAGUGCUGUCCUUUUCUGUCUACUCCGAACAGAGACGCUCCAGACAUGGCUCCACGUAAAGGAAAGGAGAAGAAGGAGGAGCAGGUGAUCAGCCUGGGCCCUCAGGUCGCAGAGGGAGAGAACGUGUUCGGAGUCUGUCACAUCUUCGCUUCAUUCAACGAUACAUUUGUGCACGUGACCGACCUCUCCGGAAAGGAGACUAUCUGCCGCGUCACUGGAGGUAUGAAGGUCAAAGCCGACAGAGACGAGUCCUCUCCGUACGCCGCCAUGUUGGCUGCUCAGGACGUGGCUCAGCGCUGUAAGGAGCUGGGCAUCACUGCUCUUCACAUCAAGCUGAGGGCCACGGGCGGGAACAGGACAAAGACCCCAGGCCCUGGAGCCCAGUCGGCCCUCAGAGCUCUGGCCCGAUCCGGGAUGAAGAUCGGACGCAUUGAGGAUGUGACCCCGAUCCCGUCAGACUCCACUCGCAGGAAGGGCGGACGCAGAGGAAGACGUCUGUAG